AUGCUCCACGAGAUCCUCCUCUCCCUGUCCGGUCAGCCGUCCCCUAUCUUCGAGCAGUCAGCGAAGGACCGUGGAGCUUCCCAAGAUGGUUUUCCACUCCUCUCGCCCCAAGAAAAGGCGCUGCUCGAACCAAUUGCGCGUCUAAGCCAACUUCAUAGCCUGUUGAGAGCACACGCGGAGCUUAUAUCUUCCUCUCACCCAUCCACCGUCUGCCGUGCCGCCUCCACGACCAUAUCUACGGAGUAUCUGGGAAAUUUUCAGGAAAAGAUACUGGAGGUGGAACAGGCAAUACUUGGGAGAGAUGCAGGCUAUGUCGGCGGUUAUGGGAUAGUACCACUCUCCACUAUCGUGGGAGAGUUUUAUCCUUGGGUACGAAAGCUAGAGUGGCUUUGGGAGACUUCGCAAUAUAUGCUCCCGUUUGUGGACAAGGACACAAAGUCGAAGGGCACACCCGCUGGAAAGGGAUGUACUGGAGCUGCUCUCCUCGACUAUCUUCGAACGGAGUCACAGACUGGAUACACGGAUGUGGAGGAGAUAUCUCUUGGCCUUAUCAAAGCUGCCGAAACAGCCUGGAUGCGACAACUCUCCGUUUUCAUACUAUAUGGACAACUUCCAUCUCUAGGACGAGAGGAUUUCUUCAUUCAGGAAAAGCCGUCGAUUGGUGAUCGGCGCACUAAUAUGGCAGACUUUAUACUUCGCCCUGAGCUCGUUCCCAAAUUUGUGUCACGUCCGACAGCUACCUCCAUCUUGUUCGUUGGACGAUCCUUAAGUCACAUACGUGCUCGAGGAAAGUUCCCGGCCGGUGAGGAAGCGAAGCAUUCAUCUUCUCAAAUGACACUUCACGGGGAAUUCAUCCGAUGUCUCUCCUCGUUAUCAUCCCCCAUAUCAAUGAACAACCUGGCUAACGCGGUCUCAGAAAUACGACUUGCGCUUUCUCAUACAGUUCUCUCGCAACUUCUGCCGCUACAUAAAAUAAUGGAGGUGCUAUCAUUACUGCACAACUUUCUCUUGCUCGGAAGAGGAGAAUUUGCCAUGGCUCUUGUGUCCCAUGCGGAUGAGAGGAUAUCAACCAAACACAAACGAACCUACCAGGCUACCUCGAUAGAAGAAACUAUGGAUGUCCUAACCCUCAAGGAAAGUGAAGUGUCAACGGUGCUUACCCAAACAUGGACAGAAUUAUACUCAAUUCCCAACGCCGAAGACCCAGUGGAUGAUGAGCUGGAUUUAGCCCGAUCUCUGUUGCGACUUUCAAUAGAGAAGGACUCGUCGAUAAGCAAGGAUAUGAAAUCUGCGAACCAGGCCCUUUCAUACAUAUCCGAUGUUAACUUUUCUGACAUUUUACUCGGCUCCCCAACAACCUUAUCUCUCCAUGUCAACCCACCCCUGGACCUUUUCCUUGCUCAAUCGGAUAUGAUCAUCUAUUCCAAGAUCCAUUCGUAUCUGCUAGGUAUCCGUCGCGGACAAAUGCGACUUGGUGACUUAUGGAAACGAACCUCCCUUAGACGGGUUCACCCUUCGCCAUGGGGCCCACCAAUGAGCAACAAACCUGGCGGUCAGGCAAACCUCAAGGUGGGCAGAGAAAGACAGAAGAAACGAGCUGCUUUGAUGCGUCGCGUUUGGGCUUCUGGAAGUGCAGCCUUGUUUGUCUUCUCGGAGCUCGGUAGCUACCUCCAGGGAGAGGUAAUCAGUAGUUCAUGGCGUCAUUUCAAUGCCUGGUUAAAUGGUGGCCGCCCUCAAAGUUCAUACGGACAAGGCUCUCGGCCCGGAACUGCCUCCUCAUCUACUACCUUUUAUCAUUCACAUGAUCCCGAAACAAUAAACAUUGCGCAUCGCACCUAUCUUAGCCACCUAAUUCAAUCCCUUUUCCUGACAGAUGUCCCAUUUACCCGCACUUUACGGUCCCUUAUCUCGCAUGUCGACCGCUUUGUCUCCCUCCUUGGCCAAUUGCAAACAAUUCAGCAGAAUCUGGACCUUGAGACAGACCAAGGUGUCUUUGACUCGCUACAAGACUACGCUCAAGAUGAGACUGAAGUAUGGGCUGAAGUAUCGGCUGCACGUACCGAUUUGGAAAGCUCCAUGACAGAACUGAUUGCUAGGUUACGUGAUAUAGAUGAUCACCGUACUACAAAAGGAGCUACCUCACUUGAUAUCAGCACUAGGCAUUCACCCCCAGAAUUUCGUUGGGUCAAAGGGAACGACGAGACAAUGCGUGGCAGGCUUGAUAAUAAUGUUUUUGUCCCGUGGAGAGCUGCGGGUGUAGAUCGACUGCUUAUGAGGCUUGAAUUCGGCGGGGCUAGUGCUGAGGAUCAUGGCGGAGAUUCACUCGAUUUUGGUGGAAAUACGGUAUUUGCGGAAUAG